CCGAUCCUGAGAAAGUACCACGGACUCUUUGUGCGAUCUGCUGUUAGUUUAUCAAACACUACACCUUAGCGCCCCGUGGACUCACCGGUGACAACAAAUUUCUUCACCUUCCCCGCCUUCACUUUCAACUUUCAACUUCCCUUUCCUCUUCCAAUAACAUUAACAAAACAACAAAACAUAAUUUUUUUUUUUAUUUAAAAAAAGAUAAAUAUAAAAUAAGCAGUAAAUCAGAAUUCAAACAGCUCCAUGAGACUUCGAUCGCGAUCGAAGUAGAGAGCUUUCAGAGCCCCAAACCCUAAGCCCUGAAGAUCCGAAGCAGAGAUGGCGAUUCUCUACGCGGUGGUGGCUCGAGGAACAAUCGUGUUGGCCGAGUUCAGUGCGGUCACAGGGAACACAGGGGCAGUGGCUCGGCGCAUCUUGGAAAAGCUUCCAUCGGAGGCCGAUUCUAGGGUUUGCUUCUCUCAGGAUCGGUACAUCUUCCACAUACUCAAAUCCGAUGGCCUCACUUUUCUUUGCAUGGCCAACGACACCUUCGGCAGGAGAAUACCCUUUUCAUACUUGGAGGAUAUUCAUAUGAGAUUUAUGAAAAAUUAUGGCAGAGUGGCCCCUUAUGCUCCUGCUUAUGCAAUGAAUGAUGAGUUUUCGAGGGUUUUGCAUCAGCAGAUGGAGUUUUUCUCCAGCAAUCCUAGCGCUGAUACUCUCAACCGUGUGAGAGGCGAAGUUGGUGAGAUAAGAACUAUAAUGGUGGACAACAUAGAAAAGAUAUUGGAGAGGGGUGACCGAAUUGAGCUUCUUGUUGACAAAACUGCAACUAUGCAAGAUAGUGCAUUUCACUUCAAGAAGCAGUCCAAACGGCUUCGUCGAGCUCUGUGGAUGAAAAAUGCCAAGCUCUUGGCCCUGUUGACAUGCUUGAUUGUUGUGCUUCUGUACAUUAUAAUUGCUGUUUGUUGUGGAGGCGUCACGCUACCUUCCUGCAGAUCUUGACUCCUCCGCUUCUUGUUAUAGUUUCUACUGCGGUAAGGAACAAUGACUUUCGAGAAAAUCAAAGUCAAUCUAUAUGAAAGGGGGUUCCAGUGGUUAAGGGUUCAAAUCUUUUUGGUGUAUAUUGAAGUAAAAUAUCGAACACUUUGCAAUGUUCUAGGAGGAAUCCUGCAGAUUCUUUGUUUUGCUGCAUUUGGAGUGAAUUGCUGAGAUUUCUUUUGGCAAGCUUGUCAAGUUCUUACAGUGUGUCAUAUCAUCUUUGUAUUCUUUACGCCUGGGGAUUUUGAAAUUAUCAUUGAUUAUAAAUUUUAACUCCUGCUAGUUGUAUUCAACGGUUCAAGUUUCUGAGGUGUACAUGGAAGAAAAAUACGUAUACUCGGUUCCAGUAAUAAUCCUGUAAAUUCUUACUGUGGUUGUGCCUCGCAUCCAUCCAAUAUUCUCUUUUAGUUUUACUACUUUUGAAAAGCUUCGCACAUUUUUAUGUUCUACUCUAUUAGAAAACUCAAUCUAUGGACAAUCGAUUUGUUACUCAUUUUAAUUCCCCUGUAAUGAUUUUGUAUAUUGUAAACUUUGGUUUGUCCUCUCGGUGCGUUUAUUAUAGACUUCUUAUUCAAUACAGCAAUGUUCUUACUGAUGGAAGGGCCGAGAGCCUUCCAUUGCUUUUGAGUUU